CGCGCGACGCAGAGCCGACGCGCACGCGGCACGAGGCGGGUAAAGAGCGUCAGCACCACCGCGCCCACGGCGGAGCACCGCAGGGAGACGCCGCGUGGAAGUUGUCCCCGCGCACGACGAUGGCGGCGCGCUCCACCUCUCCACCGCCUGCUGCACUCGGCUUUAAAGUUACGCGUUCGAGUCCGGCGCUCCCACGCUCCGGCAGCACCCUGAACGCACCAUGACGAGCGGCGACCUUUCCAUGAUGACGAGGAGAUGUCUUCUCACUUUCAAACCCUUCAGAAUCUUUGUGGUGGGGAUCGGCUUCUUCAGCCUGUGCUUUCUAAUGACCUCUCUUGGGGGCCAGUUCUCAGCCAAGCGACCCGUCGAUUCCCCCUUCACCACGCGGGCCGAAGUAUUUGGCGGCCAUGAAUCUCGCAGUGUGCUGAAGAAGAUCAGCGACAUGCUGGAAGUCAUCAUGAAGAGGAUGGACGCUCUGUCCAGACCCAGUAACGCCACUGAAAGCCACAAGCUGGACGAGCUGGCCUCCGUUCUGGACAGGUUUCAGCCAAUAGGGUUGGUGGAGCGGAUCCAGGCCAUAGCCCAGAACAUGUCGGACAUGGCAGGGAGGGUGGAGCAGAUUCUCCAGCGCAGCAUUGCAAGCAAAAGAGUGAGAGAAGGAACAUUGUGUGACAUUCCCAAAGACCCUCGUUACCCAGACUGUCCCGGCAAGAUGGAUUGGAUGCGUUCCCGCUGGACCUCGGACCCGUGCUACGCCUUUUACGGCGUUGACGGCUCGGACUGCUCCUUCCUGGUCUACCUGAGCGAGGUGGAGUGGUUCUGCCCCCCGCUGGCCUGGAGGAAUCAAACCGCGACGCCCACUUUGAAACCCCCUCCCAGGCAACAGGCUGUUUUCCGGUUCGACACGGGCGCUCUGCUGGAGCAGGUGGGCACCGGAAAGGAGUCGCUGAACUUCAUGAGGAGACGCAUACGCAGGCUGGCAGCACAGUGGGCCUCCGCUGCUCGACGGCUGGAUGACAAGCUGCGCGGCCACUGGAGGGACGAGAAGCGGAUCCUGGUCCAUGUGGGUUUCCUGACCGAGGAGUCGGGAGAUGUGUUCAGCCCCAAAGUACUGAAAGGAGGUCCGCUGGGGGAGAUGGUGCAGUGGGCCGACAUCCUCACUGCUCUCUACGUGCUCGGACACGACCUCAAGAUCUCGGUGUCUGUCAAGGAGCUGCAUGGGUUUUUGGGGGUCCCUCCUGGUAGAGGAAGCUGCCCUCUGAGCGGCCCGCUGCCCUUUGACCUCAUCUACACGGACUACCACGGCCUGAAGCAGAUGAAGCAGCAUUUGGGGCUGUCACUGAAGAAGCACAAGUGCCGCAUCCGAGUGAUCGACACUUUCGGCACGGAGCCGGCGUACAACCACGAGGAGUACGCCACCCUGCACGGCUACAGAACCAACUGGGGCUACUGGAACCUCAACAGCCAACAGUACAUGACCAUGUUCCCUCACACCCCAGACAACUCCUUUAUGGGCUUUGUGGCUGAGGAGCUGAACGACACCGCCAGGAUGAACAUCCAGAGGAACAAAGUCAACAACAUGGCGUUGGUCUACGGCAAAGAAGCUAACAUGUGGAAGGGGAAGGAGACCUUCCUGUCCAUCCUGCACCGCCACAUGGACAUCCACGGCACGGUGUACUACGAAACCCAGCGGCCCCCCGAGGUCCCCGCCUUCGUGAAGAACCACGGCCUUCUCCCCCCGCGGGACCUGCAGCAGCUCCUCAGGAAGGCCAAGCUCUUUGUCGGCUUCGGCUUCCCGUACGAAGGCCCCGCCCCUUUGGAGGCCAUCGCCAACGGCUGCGUGUUCCUGCAGCCCAAGUUCAGCCCCGCCCACAGUUCCCUCAACCACGACUUUUUCCGAGGGAAGCCGACCUCCAGGGAGGUGUCCUCGCAGCAUCCCUACGCCGAGCAGUACAUCGGGAGGCCGAACGUCAUCACCAUCGACUUCAACAACACCCAGGAGGUUGAUGCCGCCAUCCAGGACGUCAUGAAGACCAACGUGCAGCCUUUUCUUCCCUACGAGUACACCUGUGAGGGGAUGUUGGAGAGAAUCCAUGCCUACAUUCACCACCAGGUGGGUCAGCGUGCUCGCUCAUCUGAACCUUAG